CCCUAACUUAUUUUCUUUUAUACAAAAUAACAGCUUCUUCGAACGAACGGCAAGUUUCCAUGGACACGCGUCGUGUCUCACGUGCCGUCCCCAGAGUCCGCCAAGUCGGCUUCUUCACCCCCAACACGCCGGCGCAGCACCCUCCUCCUACACGCUCCCAAUCAGGCCCUCCAACCUCCGAUUCGCCGCCACUCUCUGAAUCUCCCGCCAGCAACACCCUCUCUCCGGUCAUGAUUCCGCCGGCGCGUCACCUCUCCGACAACCUUGGCGGACGCACCUCCGCUCUUCCCGUUCCUGGACGUGGAAACGCUGGAGAUCAUGCUACUGUCGGAAGCUACAACCCCUCGGAGUCGGUGUUGUGGUUGGAGUCACCCACUCGUAGUCGAAUUAGUGAUGAAGAGUUCUCGGAGGGGACGGACUGGUAUCGGAGGAGUAAUUCAGCGAAGUUUGCGACAAGUUUGCCCAGUGGCGGUUUCAAUUUCUCUCCAGUGAAGCAACCGGAAAGUGUUGCUGCACUUGAAGCUAAGAAUCCACUGCCUGAAAAAAGCGAAGCGCAAAAGGAGCAGGCAUCAAAUUCAAAACCUCUAAAAGCGAAAACAACGAAGGCUGAGAGGCGUGCCUUGCAGGAAUCUCAACGGGCUGCUAAAGCUGCUUCUAAAGCUGAGGCAAAUAAAUCCAGUACACCUGGAGGAGCUGCUUCUUCUAAACACAUGAAGCAGCCACCACAAAAGAAAGAUGGUCCUCCAGCUGCAUCUUCAGUUGCUGCUUCUGAAAGAAUAGGAGUUGAUCGGCCAGUAGAGAAAGAGAGGAAGAAAGAUCUUCCUCCUCCACGUAUGCAAUUUGAUGAUGCGAGUCGUGUGGGUAAGGCUAAAAGGCGGUCUGUAUUGAAUCAACCUGAAGCUAGGAAUAGAGUUGAACUCUUUCGCCAUCUUCCGCCACACAAAAAUGGAUCUCAGCUUCCUUAUUUGGAAUCAAAAUUUUUUGAACUUCAUGAGAUGCAUCCUGCUGUGUACAAGCUUCAUGAACUCCUUUUCUGUUUUUCUCUUUCUCGAAGUUUUAAAGGUUCUGUUAUUUCAAAUUCUGUAAAUUUCGGUGUACUUGGUGUGAGGAUAUAUUGUGGGAACUGGGAAACAGAAUCAGAAUGA